CUGUGGCCUGGGGGGCUGCACCACCAUUUCAGGAGCCUCCCGUGGGGAGAGAGGGUGUCUCUCUCGUAGGAGCAUCUCAACACAGGACUCCAGCUCCAUGGCCUCCCGAGCGCUCCUCCCCAGCGUCCUCCUCCUGCUCCUGCCCGCACCCACCCCUGCCCCCUGCUACACGGCCGCACGCUCUGAGUGCCGGCGCAACCUCAAGUUCGUGCCCGGCUCCUGGCUGGCAGGGGAGGGCGUGGAUGUGACCAGCCUCCGGCGCUCAGGCUCCUUCCCGGUGGACACACAGAGCUUCCUGCGGUCCGACGGCACCUGCACCCUCUGCCGCAACGCCCUGCAGCAGGGCGCCGUCCAGCGACUGCCCCUGGCGCUCACCGACUGGCGCGCCCAGGGCUCGGGCUGCAACCGCAAAGUGGUCAAGGGUGAGGGUCGCUCCACCGAGGAGGUGGCUGGGGCAGCGGCCAACACCAUCCGUAACGACUGGCGGGUGGGGCUGGACGUGACUCCCAAGCCCAGCAGCAACGUGCGCGUGACCGUGGCGGGCUCGCACUCCCAGGAAGCCAACUUCGCGGCCCAGAAGACUCACCAGGACCAGUACCGCUUCAGCCUGGACUCAGUGGAGUGUCGCUUCUACAGUUUCCACCUGGUGCACGCUCCCCCACUGCACCCUGAGUUCAAGAGGGCCCUCAAGACCCUGCCCCCCCACUUCAACAUCUCCACCGAGCCUGACUACCGGAGGCUCAUCUCCAGCUAUGGUACCCACUUCAUCCGGUCCAUGGAGCUGGGCGGCCGCAUCUCGGCCCUCACCGCCCUGCGCACCUGCGAGCUGGCCCUGGAAGGGCUCACGGCCCAGGAGGUUGAGGACUGCCUGGCCGUCGAGGCCGAGGUCAGCAUAAAAAGCCACACCAGUGCCUCGUCGGCAUUCAAGAAGUGUAAGGAGAAGAAGAAACAGCACAAGAUGGGGGCCUCCUUCCACCAGGCCUACCGGGAACGCUGCUCUGAGGUCGUUGGCGGCCACCACACGUCCAUGCAUGACCUGCUGUUCGGGAACCAGGCCGGGCCCGAGCAGUUCUCAGCCUGGGUGGCCUCGUUGCAGGACAGCCCCGGCCUGGUGGACUACACGCUAGAGCCGCUCCACAUGCUCCUGGACAGCCAGGACCCGCGGCGGGAGGCGCUCAGGCAGGCUGUGAGCAAGUACGUGACGGACAGGGCACGCUGGAGGGACUGCAGCCGCCCGUGCCCCCCGGGGCAGCGCAAGAACCCUAAGGACCCGUGCCAGUGCCUGUGCCAUGGCUCGGCGGCCAUCAACCAGGACUGCUGUCCCAGGAAGAGGGGCCUAGCCCGCCUGGAGGUCAUGAACUUCGUGGCGACGGGUCUGUGGGGAGACUGGACCACUGCCACGGACGCCUACCUGAAGGUCUUCUUCGGCGGCCAGGAGCUGAGGACCAACACGGUGCAGAACAAUAACCACCCCAGGUGGAUGACACGGCUGGACUUCGGGGAUGUGGUUCUGACCACAGGGGGCCCCCUGAGGGUGCAGGUCUGGGAUGCAGACUAUGGCUGGGACGACGACCUUCUCGGUACCUGUGACCAGACUCCAAAGUCUGGCUCCCACGAGGUGAAGUGCUGUCUGAAGCAUGGUCACCUGAGAUUCUCCUACCUUGCUAAGUGCUUGCCCCACCUGGCAGGGGGGACAUGCCUGGAGUAUGCGCCCCAAGGGCUUCUGGGGGAGCCUCCAGGAAACCGGAGUGGGCCAGUGUGGUGAGAGCAGUGGGCCCUGAGAGGACCAGUGUGCCCAACUGGAGGGGUCUCACGAAGGGACCCAGAGGACCUAUCUCCAUAUCCCCAUUAGAUAGUUGGAAAACUGAGGCUUUUUUUUUUUUCAGUGCGGUGGCUGAAUUUCCAGGCCAGCCCUGAGUCGCCCUGUCCAAACUACCUUAGCUCUUCGAUAUUCUCAAGCCCCAGAAAUGAGCUGGAGUUGGGCCACUGCUACACAGGUCCCAGCUCAGGUCAGGAGCCGGGCAGAAGGCCAGGAGGCUGUUCCCACCAGGCUGCCUGGUGUCAUUUGUACCAUUCCCUUACAGCCCCUCUUCUAGCGUGGUGAAUUCUUCAUCAUAUUAGAUCUAACCCCUUUGGCCCCCGCUGCUCUGUUUGCUCUGUUUCCUUUGCCCACCAAGCUUUGCCUCUCAGACAAAUCCAGAGCUCUUUUGACCUGUCUCAUUGUGUACACAGCCUGACAG